AGUGCUGUUUCUUUCCCGUGUUGAUCUCGGACAGUACUAUGUAAGGAAUUGUCGGUGGCUGGUGAUGGUAUCUUAGCUGGUUUUCAGAGAGCCACAUUCCUCCCUUGACCGGACUCCCACUAGAACCUCAUAUGACGUACAAGAAGCCUACCUGUGUCCCUUUCGCAUGUUGUGGUCAAUGUGUCAACUUCAUGAUCCAGGCUCCUCACCACAUCCUCUGCACCGGUCAGUCGAGCGGAGUCACUGCGUCCUGGCAGCAGAAGUUGCACCAAGUCCAUGUCGCUCACGGUCGUCAUCCUGGCCUGUCUUGGGUUCUUCUUGGACCAGAGGGUGUGGGCACACGUGGGUGAUCAGGACAAGCCCUUCUGCUCUGCCUGGCCCAGCGCUGUGGUGCCUCAGGGAGGACACGUGACUCUUUGGUGUCACUAUCGUCCUGGGUUUAACAUCUUCACGCUGUACAAGGAAGAUGGGGUGCCUGUCCCUGAGCUCUACAAAAGAAUAUUCUGGAACAGUUUCCUCAUUAGCCCUGUGACUGCAGCACAUGCAGGGACCUACAGAUGUCGAGUUUUUCAUCCGCACUCCCCCACUGAGUGGUCGGCACCCAGCAACCCCCUGGUGAUCAUGGUCACAGGUCUAUAUGACAAACCUUCUCUCUCAGCCCAGCCGGGCCCCACGGUUCCCGCAGGAGAGAACGUGACCUUGUCCUGCAGUUCCCAGCGCUCCUUUGACAUGUACCAUCUAUCCAGGGAGGGGGAGGCCCAUGAACUUAGGCUCCCUGCAGUGCCGAGUGUCAAUGGAACAUUCCAGGCUGACUUCCCUCUGGGCCCUGCCACCCAUGGAGGGAACUACAGAUGCUUCGGCUCUCUCCGUGACUCUCCCUACGAGUGGUCAGACCCGAGUGACCCACUGCCCGUUUCUGUCACAGGAAACCCUUCAAGUAGUUGGCCUUCACCCACUGAACCAAGCUUCAAAACUGAUGCUGCUGUAAUGGACCCAGAGCCUGCGGGGGACAGAACAAGGAACAGGGAGAUAGACUCUGAUGAACCAGACCCUCAGGAGGUGACAUACACACAGUUGGAUCACUGCGUUUCCACACAGGGAAAAACCACUCGCCCUUCUCAGAGGCCCAAGACACCCCCAACAGAUACCAGCGUGUACAUAGAGCUUCCAGAUGCUGAGCCCAGAUCGUUGUCUCCUGCCAACGAGCACCACAGACGCCUGGAGGGGUCUUCUAGGGAGACAACAGCCCUGUCUCAAAACCAGCUUCACAGCUCAGUGCCAGCAGCUGGAAUCUGA